UAGGCUGGUCUCGAGUGCCUGGGCUCAAGCAGUCCCCCCAUCUUGCCCUCUUAAAUUGCUGGGAUUACAGGUGUAAGCUGGAGCAGAACCCUGGGCAGCUGGUAGUGAGGGGCUUUGAUGUUAGGCUAAAGGAUUCAGGCUCAUAAUGGAUCUUGGAUCCCUGCCUACCCACUACCCACUUCCCUUGUUUGGUUCUGCUUUGUCUUAGGCUCAGUUCUCAUCCUUCCUGUAUUGAGCUUGAAUGUAUACCCUGUCUGGCCUUGCUUUCCUUGCUCCCGUCUUUAGUCUGGUUCUGUGCCAGCUCCACCUUUGCCCAUAUAGGGACUGGCAGGUAUCCCUGAAACCUAAAACUUUGCCCUGAAUUAAACUCAUCAGAGGAGUCUUAAACACACAAGCCGAGGCUCUUUGUGCUGUCUGUCCCUGUCUUUCUAGAGGAUAGAGAAGCUGUCAUUUUUCUGGCUGUGGCUUACCUGCUUGGCUUGGUGCCCUGGGAUCUUGAGGCUCAGUAAUCACAGCUUGUAGCCCCAUAAUCUGCCUGCUUGCCAACUCUUUUUGCUGCUCAGGAGUUCCUGUUAGUUCAGCAGAGCCCAGGGAAGUGAGGUACUGUCUCCAGCUACCCUUCCUGUGCAAAUAGGUGACUCCAACAGGAUCUGGUUAGGGUAAUAGACUUACUGGUUUGGAAUUUGAUCCUCUUUGCAAGCAGACAAAGGAAUCCUGCCAGCUGUCACCCUUCCUGGAAUUCUCAGGUUGAACUGAUUUGACCUCGCCUCCAAAUAUCCUAAAUCCUGACAGCUUUAUGGAGCCCAGGCCUGGCAGGCUCCUAGAACUUGAAGCCACCAGACCCCACAUGGAACCAAAGGCCUCCUGUCCAACUGCUGCACCCUUGGUGGAGAGAAAAUUCCAUGUUCUUGUGGGUGUCACGGGGAGUGUUGCAGCCCUGAAGUCACCUCUUCUGGUGUCAAAGCUUUUGGACAUUCCUGGGCUGGAAGUAGCAGUGGUCACAACCGAGAGAGCCAAACAUUUCUACAGCCCCCAGGACAUUCCUGUCACCCUCUACAGCGAUGCUGAUGAAUGGGAGAUGUGGAAGAGCCGCUCUGACCCAGUUCUGCACAUUGACCUGCGGAGGUGGGCAGACCUCCUGCUGGUGGCUCCUCUUGAUGCCAACACGCUGGGGAAGGUGGCCAGUGGCAUCUGUGACAACUUGCUUACCUGCGUCAUCCGGGCCUGGGACCGCAGCAAGCCCCUGCUCUUCUGCCCGGCCAUGAACACCGCCAUGUGGGAGCACCCUAUCACAGCGCAGCAGGUAGACCAGCUCAAGGCCUUCGGCUAUGUCGAGAUCCCCUGUGUGGCCAAGAAGCUGGUGUGUGGAGACGAAGAAUGUGUUCAGGCCAAGUCGGUGAAGAUGGAUGUUGGCAAAAUAGGAGGAUUCCCUUAUUUGCUGAAUGGGGGGCCUGCUCUGAGCCUCCCCAGGGGCCGGGACUGCUCCAGGUUAUAUUGGACAGAAGGCCCAGGUCUCAGCUUCUUUCAACCAAGAGAGGCCGCUGCCUAGAGCCCAUUCCCACCUUUUCCUGGAUGGGCGAGGCAAGCCAGGAGAGCAAGCAGUGUUGUCCUCACUGGAGGAGGACUGAGCGACUGGGAAAACUCGGCUCUACAUCUCACCGAGAACGACUUUCAGGAACACCACAGCUGGAGAGUCCUGGCUGAGCCUUGGGAGCUUCAGCUCUUUGGCGGGGUGCCCAGGUGCCAUGCGAUCAGCGAAGCCUGCGAGUUGGCAGGACUCUGAGGUUUCCUGCAGACCAUGCCAUGAGAUUGAAGGUGCGGGGAAAUAAAGAAAAAUCACCGUUUAGGAGGCUCCAUUCUUUCCCUAUAACCCAACUGUGGUCCCAGAGACCAGGGGGUGUUGCCAGGUGUGGCUGGGGAAGGGUCUGGGUUGAAUGACUCACCAGCACUCUUUAGUCCCCAUAUAACAUGGUGGUUAAGGAUAAAGUUCUGAAGCCAGAAAGCCCCUAGUUCCAAUCCCAGCUCUGCCACUUACUGGCAGUGGGAGUUUGGUUCAGGACUUAGCCUUCCUGACCUUCACUUUCCUCAGCUAUCUUGUUAUCCUACCCUCAGGGAGUUGUUGAGAGGAUUCAGUGAAAUUAUGUGUGCAAAAUACCCAUGCCACUGAGUGCCUGGAACAUAGUAAAUGUCAAAUCAAUGGAAGUUAAAACUAGGCAUGCAUAUAUGCCAGAGAGCUUUCCUAACAUUUACUGCAAUGCCCCGUCUCAUUUUGGGAAGAAGAACAUCCUGGAUGCUAAGCUGGCACAUCCCUUUAUGCAAGUGACAGGUAAGCAGCCAGGAGAGUUGACCCUGCCCUGGGACCCAGGCCUCUUUCCUGCUUCCUGGUUUCCUCUGUUCUCAUCCUUUCAGCUUUGCUGGACCUGAGGCAGGGGCCUGGGUGUCUGUGCCUCCCCCAACCCCCAGUAUACAUGACCAAGGGAAGUAGAUCCAGAGACACCGUGCACUCUGGCCCAGAAACCCUCUGCUACCCAGCUUUUGCCCUAAUUGCCAUUUGAUGUGGCUGCAGUGGGGUGGGCUUGUCUGCAUAUUUGGAACUGAGGCUGAGGCUGGCUUCCUGCCCUCCGACUUCCAGGCCAGGUAUAGGGGACAUCCCAUGUGGGCUCUGAGAACGCUGAGAGUAGAGGUGCCUUGAGGCGACCAGGAAGCCCUCUGGCUGGAAUCAAUGCUCCAGCAGUCUCCACAGCCUUUAUGUCAACAGCACUUGACUUCACCAUGUGACCUUUGGGAUAAAAUUGCCUUAGGGCACGAAAUAAACUAUAACUA